CUCUAUCCCAGGCUCAUAUCAUCUUAACUAGCUGUCUAUUAUGUGCUAUUUUCCAUUGAUUUAUGGUAUUCCUGCCAAUUGGGCUGGCCACAUCCUGAAAAACAACUCAAACGAUGCUGUGGACUGACCACCAUUAUACCGGCGCGUUUCAUCACAGCGCCUUCUCGACGGAUGACGUGGCAGUUCACGAUCCCUGAGCCAGGUCAUCUAUAUCAACACACCUGCCUUGCCGCGCUCUUUUCCUCCUUGGCCUCAGGACAUGAACCACUAGCUCUCUAGAAUUAUUUAUCCACCCGGAAUAAGUAAGAUCUUAAUCGUAUCGGUUUGACUCGGGUGCGCAAACUUUUCGCUGGGAGUUUCUAGUGAGGUGGACGCGUUUGCUUCGCCAUCGGAAUUUGGCAUUUCUGGCUUACUCCGGCAUGGGAGUGCCGGGUGAUGACGACGUCGUUCAAAUUCAGGAAGGGAGGAACCCCGGUGAACCUUGCGUGAUCACUGUUAAUUGCCCCGACAAGACAGGGCUAGGAUGUGAUAUUUGCCGGAUUAUUCUCGAAUUUGGCCUGUACAUUACUAAAGGAGACGUUUCAACUGAUGGCAUAUGGUGCUAUAUCGUGUUGUGGGUGGUUCCACGUUCUGCGUUGCUUUGUAUGAGAUGGUCAAAUCUGAAAGACCGACUUCAGGCAAUUUGCCCGCCAUGUUUGGCCUCAUUUUACUUCAACCAACAACCUACAAGAUCUUUCCCUGUUUAUCUACUGAAGUUUUGUUGCCUUGAUAGAAAAGGGUUAUUACACGAUGUUACACAAGUCUUCUGCGAGCUAGAACUUACACUUCAAAAGGUGAAAGUAACAACAACUCCGGAUGGCAGAGUCUUGGACCUCUUUUUCAUAACAGAUAACAUGGAACUCAUGCACACAAAAAACCGACAAGAUGAGACAUGCAAAAGAUUGCAAGCUGUGCUGCAAGACUCAUGCAUCAGCUGUGAACUUCAAUUGGCUGGUCCUGAGUAUGAAUGUAAUCAAGGUAUCUCCUCUCUGCCCCCUGAGUUGACUGAGGAGCUAUUUAGAUGUGAGCUGACAGAUGAUGAAGUAUAUUCUCAAGCUCUUAGUUCAGAUAUGAGAAAAUUGAGGAAAACCAAUGUGACGCUUGACAAUUCAAUAAGCCCAGCUCAUACAUUACUUCAAAUACGCUGUGCUGAUCAUAAGGGUCUUCUAUAUGACACUAUGAGAGCUUUGAAAGACAUGAAUAUGAAGAUUUUAUAUGGGCGAUUCUCACCGAGGAUCACGGGGUAUUGUGAUUUAGACUUAUUUAUUCAGCAGAAAGAUGGAAAAAAGAUUGUGGAUCCUGAGAAGCAGAGCGCACUUUGUUCCCGUUUAAAAUUGGAAAUGCUUCAUCCACUGCGGGUUAUCAUUGCAAACCGAGGACCAGAUACUGAACUAGUGGUGGCCAAUCCAGUUGAGCUAUCUGGAAAGGGAAGACCCCGUGUUUUUUAUGAUGUUACAUUUGUACUCAAAGCACUUGGAAUCUGCAUUUUUUCGGCGGAAAUAGGACGGCGUUCGGCAUCAGAACGUGAAUGGGAGGUCUAUAGAUUUCUUUUGGAUGAAAACUGUGAAUUUCAAUUAACCAGUAUUAUUGCUAGAAAUCAGAUUGUAGAUAAAGUUAGAAGAACCUUGAUGGGGUGGUGAGCAGAUUGAUUUCUUUUUCGGGGAGACUAAUGAACUCCUUGAACUCUUUCUUGAGAGAGCUUUUUUCCUUUUUGGCUGGCGUAGAACCCCGCCAUACGUGGCAUUUUUCUUUUUUAGGCCCAAUUAAACGAAACUUGCAUUCGCAAUGUUCGAAGUCUCCUGCUUUUUUUCUUUCUUUGGGCCUGAUUCAAGGUUCCCCUGGUUGGUGGUCAAUAUUUUUUGUUCUGGUGUGAGAAUUCAUGGCUUUUCUUGUGCUUUUAUGUUUCUUGUAUUUAUACCUUCUGCAGGAAACCAAAAAA